GCCAACGUGAAGCGCAUUGGGAGAAUGGAUGCAGGCGGCCAAAAGAGGCAAACCACCACAAGCCUCCACGCUGUCGGGUAUCUUGCGGCAGGCAGGGCCAAUCGGCGGGCCGGCCGUGGGCAUUGCGGUUUUGGACGGGCAUCACGUCACGGCGUCAGCAGAUUUACGGCUUCUGUGCGCGUGCGUCUAGACCGCCGGGUGCUUUGAUGCUGUGCUGUGCUGUGAUGUGAUGCGUGUUGCUGGAAUGUGAUGGCUGUGAUGGGGACGGGAUGGGGAUGGGAUGGGGAUGGGAUAGCGGUCCAAAACCCCCGGGGAUGGGAAAUCUGGAUGGCUCUCGGAUGGGCAUCUGCCAAAUCAGCGACCCUGUUCGGGAUGAUGCCGUUGCUAUCUCCAUCUCGUCAUCUCGUGCGUGCGUCUCUCUCUCUCUCUCGCUCGCCCAGCCGCCGCCGACCCUUGUCCGUAUUGUCGUUGUCGUCUCUUUUCUCAGCACUGCCGUGUCUCUGGCUCUCUGCCGUCGGUGACGAUCCAGAGACAAGACACGACACACGACACACGACACACACACACACGCCGCCGCGCAUCGCAUGGAACACACCUGAGCACAGACAACUCAUGUGCGUGCUACCAUGUGCUAGCUACAGCGGCGUGUGGUGCGCUGUGCCUGGCUGCCAGGUACCUACCUACACAAUGGUGAGACCUGCUUGGUGAGACCUGCUUCCAGCGCGCGCAGGCCUGGGGUGGUGUGAGCGUGUUCCAGCCCCGGCCGAGCGAUAUUAGCACCCGUCCACUCAGCAGCUCUUCCGAAGAAAGACAGAAGAAAAGAAAAAAACAAGAAGAAGAAAAAAAGAAAAUAGAGACAAAAAAAAAAUAGCACACUCUGCC